AUGGCGUCCGCGACGGCGUCCUCUCCUCCUCCCGCGCGGCACGCGCUGACGCCGACGUCUCCGAUCGAUAAGGCUGUCGUCGUCGCCGUCGCCGCGCUCGCGUCCACGGUCCCGGCGUGCUUCUUCGACCGCGAGAUUCUCUUCACCUACCAUCCCGUCUUCAUGACGCUCGCGUUCGCGUGCUUCGCGACGAUCGGGGCGUGGAUCGCGGCGAAGACGCGGUCGAUCCCCGCGGGGCCCGCGCGCGUCAGCGCGCUGUGGACGCACGCGGGCGUCAACGUCGCGAGCGUCGCGUGCGCGUGCGUCGGAGGCUGGGCCAUCUACGCGAACAAAGAGAACAAGGGGCGCGCGCACCUGACGUCGUGGCACUCGUGGGUCGGGAUCGUCGCGCUGGGGCUGACCGCGGCGUCGCCCGCGCUCGGCGCGGUCGCGUUCGCGCGCCUCGGGUUGCUCCAGAGCGUGCCGUCGGAGUGGAGGCAUCGGGUCAAGUGGACGCAUCGAAAAGCAGGCGCCGCCGCGUGGGCGCUCGGCGUCGCGGCGGCGACGACGGGGUUCCUGGACUCGCCGACGCUCUCGACGUUCGUGGAUCCGACGUUGCGCGCGCUGUGGAUCGCGGCGCUGAGCGUCGCCGCGGGGGGCGUCGGCGUGCUCCUGUAGCGCGCGAAGUAGGGCUAGCUAGGCGAGGGAUUAUAUAAUAAGGCGAUGGAUUGGAGAAUGCAAAUCG